CUUACUCCUGCUGGACGCACUCCCUACACCUUCAUGCAUAAGGAGAAGCUACUAGUUUGAUUCUUACUUUAUCAUUUGAUUUGCUGGCACCUUCUGCUUCACUGGGGCUGAAAAAAUGGGAGAAAGUGCUUUGUUCUCUGUGUAGAGUUUGGCAGAGAAAGAUAACAUUUUUGAGUCCUUUAUAAUGCCAGUUCCACUUGCCCCCUACCCAACACCACCAGCUCCCUAUACACCACCAGCUAAUGGUGCACAGAGUCAACUUGUCUGUUCAGGGUGUAGAAACCUUCUAGUCUUUCCAGUUGGAGCCACCUCAGUGUGCUGUGCAGUUUGCAAUGCAGUCACAGCAGUGCCGCCUCCUGGCACAGAAAUGGCCCAGCUAGUUUGUGGAGGUUGCCAUACUUUACUCAUGUACAUCAGGGGAGCGACAAGUGUCCAAUGCUCUUGUUGUCACACGGUCAAUCUAGCUUUGGAAGCAAAUCAGGUGGCACAUGUCAACUGUGGGAACUGCAGGAUGCUACUCAUGUACCAAUAUGGAGCAAGAUCCGUGAAAUGUGCAGUUUGCAAUUUUGUAACAUCAGUUGGGGCCACAGCAAGCACCACUGAGCAGAAGUUCAGCACCUAAAACAUACUAUGGCAAGGUCAUUAUAGACUCUACAACUUUGGUUUUGCUUAUCACAUAUCGCCCUUAAGGAAUUAAGAGUUAUCAGAUUGGAGAGGAAACUCUUUUCACAUGUAUAGAGUUAUUUUUCCCUUGCGUGAUUGUAUUAAAUAUUUUUGUUAGAUUGGGUGUAUGAAGAACUAUUUAUGAUAAGUUUUCAGAUUCUGAGUGUUUUGAAAUUUCUCAUCUUUAGAUUGGGUGUAAAGUUUAUUUUCAGCUGUAGAUAGUUUGUAUUAUUAGAAAUCAUAUAUGCACAGAUAGAAAGUAAUUGACGUAACCCUCCCAAUCACUAAAUAAGUGGUUGAGAAUGUUUUGGUA